AAUCUCUACGAAGUGUUUUCGACUUACAGAGUGAUCAGAGUGGAAUGAUUUAGGCUUGGAUUUUAGAUUAAGGCUUAUUCUCUAUUGAUUAAAAAAUAUUUAUUAUUAUUAGUUAAAUCCUAUAUUUAUCGCCAUUGAUUAACUCACACAGACAGAUGAGUAGCAAACACCACAAAAAGCAUGGUGGUCACAGUUCCCCUGGAAUAAGUUUUAAAAAGAAGAGACACAAUAGUGAUAGCUCUUCGGAUGAUGGAGAGCAAAGAAAGAAAGCACACAAAUCUCGUAAUGAGCGUACAGGGGACGAUGGUGAAAGACCUUCACGUAAUGAGCGUACAGGGGACGAUGGUGAAAGACCUUCACGUAAUGAGCGUACAGGGGACGAUGGUGAAAGACCUUCACGUAAUGAGCGUACAGGGGGCAAUGGUGAAAGACAUUCACGUAAUGAGCGUACAGGGGACGAUGGUGAAAAACAUUCACGUCAUCGGAGGAGACACAGAGACUCUGAGUAUGACCCACAUCUGCGGAUCAAAGAGGAAAGAGACGAGGAAAACUUUGAAGAUCAACAGAGAGACAGAUCACGUAACAAUGCUCAGAGACGAGAUCAGCGCAGAGAGAGGGAGCAGAAUGGUGGGGACUUUGGUCUCAACACAGUGCAGGUGAAAGGGGAGGGUGAGGAGGGGCAACCAGCGGAGAAGCAAAAGCCCAAUUUUCAGCUGUCAGGGAAGUUGACUGAGGACACCAAUACAUUCCGUGGAGUUGUUAUCAAAUAUAACGAGCCCCACGAAGCCAUGAAACCCAAGCGCAGGUGGCGACUCUAUCCCUUCAAGGGGGAGACUGCUCUACCUGUUCUACACAUUCACAGACAGAGCGCAUACCUGCUGGGGCGGGAUCGUAAAAUUGCAGACAUCCCAGUUGACCAUCCGUCUUGCUCCAAACAACAGGCUGUCUUACAGUUCCGAGCCAUGCCCUACACAAGGCCAGACGGCACCCCAGGCCGGAGGGUCAGACCCUACAUCAUCGACCUGGACUCAGCCAAUGGGACAUUCUUAAACAAUGAAAAAAUUGACGCUAGACGCUACUAUGAGCUGCGAGAAAAAGACGUCCUUAAAUUUGGAUUCAGCACACGCGAGUAUGUUGUGUUGCAUGACAGUGUUGACCUUUCUGAGGUCACAGAGGGUGAUGACAUGGAGGAAGUGUGAGCAGAAGAUUGAUGCAUCCAUUCACAGAGUAUUGUCCCCACUGUUCCACCAGUCUGGCUUUGGUUGGGGGGGGGGAGUCUAUUCUACAUGAUGUGCAAACCACUGGCUGUGGCCGAGGUGCAACAAGACGAGUUGGUUUUCUUAAUGUGACGUCAUUGAGUCCACCUCGCCCUGCUGGGGCAGCGACUGAAACUUGUUCUUCAAACACUGGCCACAGAUCUGACUAUAGGAGAUGGGAUAGCUGGUGCUGAUGUAUGAUAGUGUGUUGCUGUUUGAUAUUGUCUUGCUGAUGUAUGAUAGUGUGUUGCUGUUUGAUAUUGUCUUGCUGAUGUAUGAUAGUGUGUUGCUGUUUGAUAUUGUCUUGCUGAUGUAUGAUAGUGUGGUUACCCUGGUUUUGUAUGACUAUUGCUAUGAUUAUCACACAUUUCUCUCUAGUACUGUAGGAAUGUCAUGCAUUAGUUGGACAUAGUGUAUGUAUGUUCAUUGAUUGAUUCACGUACCUAAUAGCAGUUCUGAAAUAAAAUAAACCGGGAGUGAUCUCCCCUAAACU